AGGCGAGGAAUGCAAAAAUUUAUCACUCUCUCUCACUUCCAAAACUUCUAAAUGCCUAUUGCUCGCUCUAAUCCACGUAAAACGCGAAAACGGACCGAUCAUAUUGAUUUGCGGAAGAGCCGCUACUUGGUGUAAUUCUGAUGAAGUUAUCUUUCCAACAUGGCUGCAAAUUUGUGUUUUCGAAAAAACACAGAAAAGAGCUCAUUUAUACAGAAGUAUUUGAUCGUUUUUGCUCAGGAACAUUUAAAAUUUCGCUACGGGGAAUUGGAUUCAAUUUGUUCUCUUCUGAACAUAUCAAUUGACAAGAAAUUUUUGAAAUUGGAGGCAGAGUCACCAUUCUUAAUCAUUGACUUACCAAGUGACAGUGAAGCAUUGAAGAUAUCUUCCAGAUCAAUAUUAAUAAAGUGCAUUUUAAAACUGUAUGGUUAUGCUGAUUCAUGGGAAGAUCUUGUUGCUAUACUUGGUCAUUAUAAUAGUGAUGACCUUCUGCAACACACUCCUAGCAGUAUUCAAACCUAUAAAAUCACUGUUGAAUCUUUCAAUAAGAAAUUGGACCAUGCAAAGAAAUUGGCUUAUAUUGAUUGUUUGUCAUUCUUACCACUGAAUGGAGUUGUCAAUCUGAAAAAUCCUGUUACAACAUUUAUGUUAUUCCUUGAUCACAGCUUGAUACCCACAAGAUUUUUCUUUGGACGUCUGAUUUCCUAUGGUCAGCGUCAUCUUAUUAAGUACUAUUCUAUAAAAACCAGACACUUUAUUGGUAAUACGACGAUGGAUGUUCAACUAGCACUAAUCAUGGCAAACAUGGGACAGUGUCAUGAUGGAAUGCUUGUCUAUGAUCCAUUUGUUGGAAGUGGUAGUAUUCUUGUGGCAUGCUCUCAUUUUGGUUCCUAUUCUUGUGGCAGUGACAUUGACAGGACUCUAUUGCUUGGUCGAGGGCACCCAUCUAGAGCUGACAAAGGGAAAUGGAGAGGUAUAAAAGGUGAAAGCAUUAAAUCAAACUUUGAAAUGUAUAAAUUGGAGAACCAUUAUGUUGAUGUAUGGAUGGGAGAUCAAAUGAACACUCCAUUAAGAAAAUCCUUUAUGUUUGAUGCUAUAGUCACUGAUCCUCCUUAUGGAAUUAGAGAAGGCAGCAGAAAGUUGGCAAAAGCACUCAUUCAAAAUGCUGGUACAAGUCAAAGUAUUUUGGGAGUUAAAUUGCCUUCCACUGAGUGUUGCCUUCUUUCUGAUGCUAUAUACAAUCUAUUACAAUUUGCUGCUGCCCAUCUUGUUCUUAAUGGUCGACUGGUUUAUUGGCUCCCAUCUCACAGAGGAACGUUUAAGAUGGAACACAUUCCAACACACCCAUGUUUGAAGUUAUUGUUUGUCAGUGAACAAAUUUUAUCAGGAAAUGUCUCGAGACAUCUCAUUACAAUGGAGAAAAUUAAAGAACCAAAGAAAAGUGACAAUCUCAACAUUGAUAAGAAUUUAAGGGAAAUUCACAACAGAUUCAGAAAUCAUUACUUUAAAGUAGCGAAAAAUGGAUGAUAGCAAGACUCUUGAUUUAAAAAAAGAGGAAUGUCAUCGGUGUGAUUACUGUACUCAUUAUCACAAGGUGCGUUUUUUUCUUGAACAAGGUCUAACAUGUACAAUGCAUGUUCAACCUUUUUCAAUCAUACAAUGCAUGUUCAAGGAGCAUGUUGUACAUAAACUUCAAAAAAUGUUAUGAUGAAAAAUAAUGUUGAUUGCACCAAGAAUUUA